AUGGUCACAUCAUCAAGCAGUCACCCACGGGUCGGAGUUGCUGCUGUCAUCCGAGGUCCAGACGGAAAGUUCGUGUUCGGCCUUCGAAAGUCGAGCCACGGUGCAGGGCAAUGGGCCUUCCCAGGUGGACAUCUUGAGUAUGGCGAAGACUUCUUCCAAUGUGCCGAGCGAGAGACAUUGGAGGAGACCGGACUGAAGGUCAAGGGCCGCAAGGUUGCUCAUGUCACCAAUGACGUAUUCUCGGAUCUCGGAAAGCACUACAUCACCAUAUUCGUCCUCUGCGAGAUGUUUGAUCAGAAUGCACAGCCUGCGCUGAUGGAGCCUGACAAAUGCGAGGAAUGGGUUUGGAAGACCUUUGACGAGAUUAAGAAAACCAGAUCAGAGGACCUCUUCCUCCCCAUACAGAACCUGCUCAAGGAGUUGACAAGCUUCGACUCCUUCCUAGACCUAAAUGCCUAG